CCAUCGCUUGCGAUUCCCGUUCGUUCUUUAUACCACCACUCGCCUUGUCUAUGGCACCGCCCAAACAGCCGCAGCCCUGCGCAAAAUUCCAGUACGUCGUCACCGCAGCGGGCCCCAAGAUCGUCCCUGUACCCGACGUCGAGUCCAAGGACGAGGAGAGCCCCGCGGACUAUAACUCGGGAGGAUAUUUGCAAGUCAAGAUCAGGGAUACUUUCAAGGAGGGCAGGUAUGUAGUGGUCAGGAAGCUAGGAUGGGGCCAUUUUUCGACCGUCUGGCUCGUGAAGGACUUGCAAGAGAACCGGCACUCUGCUCUCAAAGUCGUCAAGUCCGCCGGGCGCUACGCUGAGACUGCCAGGGACGAGAUAAAGCUCUUGCGCCAGGUGGCUUCGGCGAACCCCUCCCAUCCGGGGCGCGAGCAUGUUGUAUCGUUCCUGGACUCGUUCCAACAUUGCGGACCGGAGGACAUCCACGUCUGCAUUGUUUUCGAGCCGCUGGGCGAGAAUUUGCUAGCGCUUAUCGAGCGGCACAAGAAGAAAGGCGUUCCUCAGGGACUUGUCAAAGUCAUUGCCAAGCAAGUUCUUCUCGGUCUCAUGUAUCUGCAUGAUGAAUGUGACCUAGUCCAUACGGAUAUUAAGCCAGAGAACAUCAUGCUCGCAAUUCCGGACGUGGAGUCACAUAUUCAACAGGAGCUAUCGACCUCGCAAAGUCCGACUUGCCGCAAGGUCGGCGUCCCGUUACCCAAGGCCACCCGGAGCGGGAUGGCGAUUCCGAAACGAGCUAGUACUGCCGAGUAUUCAUACCGACAACAAAGGCAUGUCCAGAUAUUCGACUCUCAACCACUAUCGAGCCCUAGCCAGAGCCCAAAGAUGAGGAACGGCCUGGUGAUGUCACGCAUCAGCAGCGGUGCCAGUCUGAACGAGCCUCCGGCUUCUGUCAACAAGAAAUUGCCAGGGAUUGAUGUCACCAAGACACCCGUGAAGAAGGACUCAGCGGAUUCCGUCGCGGAAUCGUCUUCAUCAAGUGGAUCCUCGGGAACCACACUGUCGAGCCCCAGUUCUGCGAUGGUCUCCUCCAUCAGCGGUACCAGCAGCACACCCCCGACCUCGCUCGGCAGCGCCAUGUCCCGCUUGACUCUCUCAGACAGCGACUGCUUAUCACGGCGCUCGACUCUUGACAGCCAAAUCAGCGAGGGCAAGAAUUCAGCUAGCCCUACCGAGUCUUCAGACCCCACCCCCGUUCCCAGCACGUCCACUUCCUCCUCGAACACCAUCCCAGGGCCAUCGCUACUCUCUCAGACGGCGCCCCGCGAUCCCCAUGCCCCAACCCCAGACGCGCCGUCCGUCGAACCCGCUCCGUCAAGCCCAGCUCCACCCCAACUUCCCGAAGAACCGCUAGUCGAGGAACCUGCUUCUCUGCCCCCAAUCAUGGUCAAGAUUGCUGAUCUUGGAAAUGCGACACCCUCCAAGCGACAUUAUACCGAAGAUAUUCAGACGCGUCAAUAUCGGUGUCCGGAGGCUAUUCUUGGCCGGAGUGAUUGGGGGUGUACGGCGGACAUUUGGAGCGUUGCGUGUGUGAUCUUUGAGCUCCUGACGGCUGAAUACCUGUUCGAUCCCCAAGGUCAGGGAGAGCUGUUCACGAAGGACGACGACCAUAUGGCGCAGAUAAUCGAGUUGCUGGGGGACUUCCCCAUGGACGUGAAGAUGGGAGGCAAGUUCAGCCGCGAGCUGUUCGACUCUACUGGCGCCCUGCGCUAUAUAAAGUCCUUGAAGCUCUGGCCACUGAAGAAUGUGAUGAUGGAGAAGUACUCGUAUACCGAGCAAGACGCGCAGGCGCUGUGCGACUUUCUGCUCCCCAUGCUCGUCAUCGACCACCGCGAACGUGCGUCGGCGCACAAGAUGGUCAACCAUCCUUGGCUGGACGUCUCGGGGCUCGAGAUCGAUGACGACUUCUAACGACCCUCGACGCAUAUAUGCAACCUGCCCUCAUCGGUGCCGCUAUAUCACGCCAUGCUUGGCACAUCGCUAUCAUAGACUAUAUCCUAUGUCUGCUCACGGUUAUUCGGUACGUUAUGACUAGACGAUUGUGCGGGCUCUCUCUCUCGACUUGCGCAUUCAUCAUCAUUGCUAUUUUACGACCCCAGCAUUGUUCAUUAUUGCAUGCACAUGUUCACGCCCUCAUCCCACGUACCCCCUCACGCAUCCAUUCAUCCCGUCAUGUUAUAUGCUUUUAGACUGCAGGACUUUUGUUGAUUCUACUUGGCUCUUGGUAGUCCCCCGUUAUUUUGCUUAUUCUGUUUUUAUGCUAAUUCUUACCGUCACCCCCGGUUCAUGAGCAACUUCGUAUUCUUCCUUCCGCCCUUUACCCUGCCCUGUCCUGUCCUGCUGUUGUUGUAUGUAUACCCGUACGAUAUUAGAGAAAUGUAGUUAGGCUUGUAAUUAGACGGAUCUGUCAGGACUGGUCCAACAUUUCUUGUUCCUAUCAUGC